UUUCUAAUGAGGUUGUUUGCAACCUCAGUGCUGCAGCGGAGGCCGAGGAGGGAGGAGCGGUGAGGGGGUGCUGGCAAAAAGAGGGGGGGGAUUGGUUCUGUCCCCCCAAAAGCUCCCCAGGAUGAAGCCCCCUGUCCCUGGGGAGGAAGAAGAGGAAGAGGAGAGAGUGUUGGUGUCGGAGCAGAGCUGGAGACCCUGCCCCAAAGCCCGCAGGAGGCUCCGAGGGUGCCUGGAGUGGGUGAAGAGGCAGCUUUUCCGUGUUGGGGAGGACUGGUAUUUCCUCUUCAUCCUGGGGGUCCUCAUGGCCACCAUCAGCUUCAUGAUGGACCUUGUCGUCUUCAGGCUCUAUGAGGCCCACCGGUGGCUUUACCAAGAGGUCGGUGAUGUUUUGGUGCUCAAGUACCUCUCGUGGACCAUAUACCCGAUAGCGAUGACCACCUUCUCCACUGGCUUCUCCCAGAGCAUCACCCCUCACUCUGGAGGCUCUGGCAUCCCGGAGCUGAAGACCAUCCUGACUGGGGUGGUGCUGGAGGACUACUUGGCCAUCAAGAACUUCGGAGCCAAGGUGGUGGGGUUGACCUGCACCCUGGCUGCCGGCAGCACCGUUUUCCUUGGCAAAGUGGGGCCCUUUGUGCACCUCUCCACCAUGGUUGCAGUGUACCUGGGGAAGAUGAGGACCUCGGUCAUGAAGGAGUAUGAGAACAAGUUCAAGCAGAACGAGAUGCUGGUGGCAGCGCAAGCUGUUGGCGUAGCCACAGUGUUCGGAGCACCCAUUAGCG